CGUUGACAUAUCUGCUGGGAAUGGAUAUUUUUUUCUACGGUAAAAAUUCACCCUCGUCGAUGCAGACGAGAGGUGACCAGAAUCAUUUGUGGGAUGACAUUGGUCGUGAUUAAAGCUUUGGGCACAGACAUGCGCAUGUGCACUUCUUGCCAGAGACGUAUCGGUAUCUAUGUAUAUAUUUAUAAGCUUGGAUUCUUCUUCUAUGAAAAUAUAAGAUGAACUAGCACGUGAAUUAGACUUCUAUUCUUGUUAUAAUAGCUUUCGCGCUUUCACGUACUUUCUCCUUAUGUCAUUGAACAUCCAGAACGAGAAGCUCUACAGGUUCUCUUAGAGAAAGAUGAUAAUACUACAAAGAACGCGAUUUGACAUCCGAGCAUGCAAGAACUACCUUUGAUAUCCGCGCAAAAAAUAUAAGAGAAAAAAUGGCCGCCAUUGUUCUGGGUUGUUGAAUUGUUAGGAUAUCUUCUUGAGGCUCAAUCCAGAAGUCCUGGAUACUCCUACUAGGACUUUUUCGCUGAAUAUUACGCAGUAGUUAAAACCGCUUUCAUAUUAAUUUCGUUCAACUUCGACAUCUAUGUGUUUCUAUUUUCACUUUUCGCUUUAUUCGACGCAUGAUACAUAAUAAUAUGAUUCUUGAUUCCAACAUUCGUAGAUGUAAUAAUUUCAGCUAGACUGACAAGAACGGAAAAGCUUGAAGACGUAUCUAGGUGCCUACCCGAGGAAGAAAAUAUGGCCCAAGUAAUAGUACUCACACGACUGUAGAGCUCUCUCUCCACCUGAUAAAAAAGCAAUGCCCAUUCUAGAAAUGGUUGCGGCGCUUGCGCUUUCAUUACUUCUCGGCACUUGUGCGAUCGACGCGAGUGUUGUGAGCCAAUCGGUGGAACUGAUUUAGCGUUCUUAUUUUCAGCGAUUGCAUGAUCAUGAGAAAGUGAGAGGCUCCGAUGAAAAAA